AUGCAAGAGGCAUACGGAGAUCUCUCUGGGAACGAGCUACAGACGCAAGUGUUCAGGGAUUACCUUAUGGACCCGAGCAACCCCGACGUCAGGUUGCCAUUCUUUACUAGCAACGGGCAAGACGUAUUCGCGCGCCACAAGAUGAACAACAGGAACUUUGCCGCUUACCGUGAGAACUUGGUCAGGAAGAUAUUGAAGAAGGGCUUGAUGGAGGGCGUCAGAGGGGAGGCCUGGGCGAUCCCUUCGGAGAAAUCCACAGGCGUGGUGAACAUCGAGCGGCACCAACUCCACUUGCUGAGCCACGCCACCUUAGCAGAGGCAGUCUACGAGGCUUGCCGCCGCAAGCAUACCAACAGGUACGUGAAGACGACGCUCGAGAACGGUCUGAAGGUCAAAGUGUUCCACCCGCGCUCUCCGGCCUUCAUCUGCGAGUACCUGAAAGAGAUCCACAACGAGUUUCAUACAGGAGCUCAGACCUCGUACCUCGAGAAAUAUGAUACAUGCAAGGACAUAGAGAUCGAGUGGGCCAAGAAUUGUAAAGAUAAGGGCAUCGUGGCCAGGAACUUGCCAACGAAAGGGCCAAACACCUACAGGAAGCAAUAUUGGAAGUGGAUCGGCGAGAACAGGAGGACGGCUUUCAGGAAUUGGCCAUUAUUCUUCAAGGCCAAGAACUUCUUGCGGUCCAUGGUCCAACGCAAGCAGUUCACGAUCUACAAAGAGAGGGCCGAGCAGGAGUGCGACAUGGGCAACCCAGCGAUCAGCGUGGAGGACGUGCUGCUUAUCAACUACGACCUGUUCACUACAAUCAACCAGUUCGCGGAUGCUAUCCCGAAGAAUCACUUAGACGCCAUUCUCCAAGAAGCUUUGAGGUUCGUGUACCCCGGAGUUGCCGAUGAUGACGAUUCUGAUCCAAUGUGGCUGUUGAAGAGCAAGUCCGCAGCAGAGGUGGCCAUCAAGGUUUUGAAAUGCCCGAUGUCUGGGACGGCGCUCUACCUCAGCAGCGCGAAGAAGAACAAGGCAGGCGAGGCCAAAGCAGUUUCAAAGAUGAAGGAGGAGACCCUGACAAGCACAGUCGAGCUAAUCUCCGAGUCCCCGCAGAACCCCUCAACGGAGAACGACCCCCUGUCUGCCUCCAAGAACGACGACAUUGACAUGGGGAAGCGACUGCUCGAUGACGUGUACGCUAAUGUGGCCUCUUGCAUCCAGCAUGUUCCAGACGAGAAGCUCGACUGGAACGUGAUCAAGGACGUGUACAGCAAGUCGUUGUAUUUCAUUUUCGAUGAAAAGCCGCCGCCCGACUUCGCGAUCCAGAAUACUGAUGAUGAAAAGGUCAAGUGGCCCACAGUUCGUGACGCUUUGAAGGAGACUAUCGCAAGGGCCCACGUGGGGGCCAUAAACACAGCCAGCGUCACCGCCAGUCCAGCCGCCCGAGAUCCUGCGGUCGCCAGGCGCCAAGAAGUUGAAGCCAAGGUGCUUGCGGAGCGCAUCCAGAAGGCCCAGAGCGAUCUGAUCUCGAUGAAAGAUAAGAUCAAGAAGUGGCUCGACACGAACGACUGCUCGGCUCCUCUUCAGACCCACGAGUGCUUUCCCGUGGUCCUGUCCAAGCUGCUGCGUUCUGCCGUUGGCAAGACGAAGGAGCUGAAGAAGUCCGGGCGCGACGAGAUGACCCUGGGGGAGAUCGUCGCCAUCGUAGCCGCCGCGUUCACGAGCGACGCCCCUCGGUUCGGGACGGAGUUCACUCAGACUGCCCAGAAUUUGUUGAUAACCCUAGACGGCAAGGAUGAGCUUCCCGAGGAUCUGACCGACAUAUUUGAGAACAUGGAGCGCAGCAGGUACUUUUGCAUCGUGCGCACCGAAUGCGUGAUCCAGCUGGUGAGAGCGGUCGCGGCGCCGCCGAUGAUCAGGGACCGCAAGAGCAAGCAGGACAUCGUGGACAGGUGCGAGAACCUCACCGAAGUCAUAGACGACGUCGCCAGCUGUGAUAUUGUGAAGGAGUUGGCAGGCGACGAGCAGAAGAAGUCGUUCACUCACUUCUGGUCCAGCGCCCUCAAGGUCGCCUCGGACCAGCAAGCGCUGAAGUCUUUCCUGGCGCAGGAGAUCUCCACUGCGAGGGCUGGAACCGCCGCGGACAUCGCCAAGUCCGUCGAAGAGGCGAUGAAGGCAGCCGGCCAGGGCCAGGAUCCAGCUACCACCCAGCAGACCGCCCCCAAUGCGAUCGAUGAGCCCAAGGUGUUGAGCGAUGACGUCCUGUCGAAGUUUACUAACGUGGAGGCGCGCUUCACCGAGCACGGCGCCUUGUGGGGCGAGUUGAUGACGACGACAGCGGCAGCGACAGGGUCCGAAGACCAUUCGACGACGAGUGCGAGUGCUAUCCCGGCGAAGCUCCGCUGCUCAAUCAUGGAGUGCCUGCUCUUCAAGCUGCAAAGUGUGAUGGCGGAGGCUGCCAUGCUCAAGCGCUUGGCGACGUCGGACGAUGGCCUAGACAACUGCUACUACGACCCGAGCUUGAAGACGCCGGGGCUCUGGGCGAAAGAGCAGAAGUUCACGAUUCUUAACUACUGGGGCCCGCUCACCCUGGUACCGACGCUCGGGUGCUGGAAGGUUUGCACGUUCGACAACACCCCCAUCUACGUCCGCUCGCCGCUGCCGAAGUCGCCCCCCCUGUUGUCCCACUUCCCAGCUGCUUGGUUGGUCCGAACCAUCGGCAUCAACAAUGACACGGGGGGGCCUACCGAGCGGGCAACCAUGGAGCUCAAGUUCAAGGAACACACAAUCGAGUUCGUUUACGCCGAGAGCUUGAUCGCCAAAGAAGUGAAGCACAAGAUUAGUUUCAGCAUGCCGUACCUCCAACUGACUGGACCCGAGGCCACAGCGCCAGGCACGAGCACGACUCCAACCACUGGCCCGUUCGAGCUGACGCGUCCCUGGGAUGAUGUGAAGGAGGUAUUUCUCCUCCCCGCUGGGUGCAAGAAGUACAAUGCCAAGACAGCGGAGCUCGCCAAG